AUGCUCGAAAGGAGCGAGAAGCUCGGCAUUAACCAGGCCGUUCGGGAUGCCAUGGGCGAAAUCAAAAGAAACAUGCAAGGUCUUAACGACGUGCGCUACUCGCCUCGUGUGGCGAGGCAGCUGCUCAAUGACGAGACGGCGGCCCAGGCAGUGGCCGCAUUGGAGAGAAGAAAUAGACUAUUGGCCAACAUGCUAGACGAUACGGUUUCUAGUCUGAGAUCUCUGGCUACAUCUGAUCUGGAUAACAAGGUUAAGACCCUAGAACUUGUCGAAGUCGCCGCCGCGAAGGUCCAGUUCGUCAAGGUGUACUUGGAGGAUUCCACCAUCGAGGUCCCGGAUCUGGAGAGCAUCGCAAGUCCAACAUCCGAGGAUAUCAAAGAAGAGGUCCCGAUGGACAUCGGACCAGACGAUAGCGCUGUGCUCGGUGGAAUGCCUGCCCCUGAAAACGUCGCAAAUGGUAUUUCAACUUUGUCGCUUCAAGAAGACGGUAAGCCGAAAUCUUCGGAUCCGCAAUCGAUUCUGCCUGAUGCAAUGGAGAUCACCGAAGACAGCCUUCCUACUCAGCCAUCGGAGGCGCCAUCAGUGUCGGUGUCGAGCCCAGCAUCUGGAACACCCUCACCGAAGCUCCAGCGGCCUCAACCGCCGAUCCCAACUCGAUCAACUCUCGCACAGUCUUCGUUCUCUUGGAUGCUCGAGCCGGACCAGUCGGCGCACUCAGCAACGCCGCCGCAGCUACCCAAGGCUACUUCAGGAGGUAACCACAAGAAGCGGCCUUCUGGGAAUAUCAGCAGAGAGCGCAACGCAUUUCUCUUUGGCGAGGUUGUGGCCGGGUCAGAGGACCAGAGCAAACCGGUCAAGUCGGACGAUAUUUUUGGACUACAGCCGAUGGGCAAGUCGAAGUCCCCUUUUGCAUGA